CUGUGCGAUAACGCAGGCUCUACUCGAGCUCUUCGGAAGACAGUCGUCAAGUGUGUUUCUGGAGACAGCCUCUGCAGCAAACGGAGGACGCAUCACUCAGGGGACGGUACAGAGAGUGCUUAAGAUGGGUUACCGAGAGCUAAGUCCGGAGCUGCUGUCAAGAGCCCAGAAGGAGUUGAAUGAAGACCCGAAGAGAAGGGACCAGGACAUCCAGCACAUCAAGGACUGGCUAAAGAAACAACCGCACAUCAAGGCGCGUAUGGACGACCAGUGGCUGCUGACGUUCCUGCGCGGCUGCAAGUUCUCACUGGAGCGCACCAAGGAGAAGCUCGACAUGUACUACACGGUGCGCCGGCACCUGCCAGAGCUGUUCGCCAACCGGGACCCCUUCUCUGCCGACACACAGAAGAUCCUCGCAGCCGGGAUGUUAACGCGACUGCCACAGACAGAUACCCAGGGCAGGCGUGUGAUCCUGCUGAACGUGGGGAAACUCCCGGCCGGAACAGUUUCCCCCGAAGCUAUCUUCCGGGCCAACUUCCUGGGGCUCGACAUACAACUUCUGGAGGACGACGAAGCCAUCAUCUGUGGUCAAGUGAUCGUCCAAGACAUGAAAGACGUGACGCUCGGCCACAUUACUGCCGUUACACCCUACUUCAUGAAGAGUGUCACUACCUGCUUCCAAGACGCCUACCCUCUGCGACCCAAGGGAACGCACUUAAUAAACGUUCCCCCUGGCGUUGAGAAGUUUAUUAGCCUGUUCCAGAGCUUCAUGAAGGAGAAGCUGAGACGAAGGAUGAUUAUUCACUCGAGCAUGGAGACGCUGUACGAACAUAUUCCGAAGAAAAUCCUUCCUCAGGAGUACGGCGGGGAAGCGGGUCCGAUCGAGGAAAUGCACAAGGCCUGGAAGGCUAAGGUGGAGAGCUACAGCAGCUUCUUCAAAGAAGACGCGCAGUUCGGCGUGGACGAAUCGAAGAGGCCCGGCAAGCCCAAGACAAUGACCGACCUCUUUGGAUUGGAAGGAUCCUUCAGGCAGCUAUCGCUCGACUGAAAUGCCAGCGGACGUGGUCCCCCACACACCCCAUCGUGUUCGUGCAUCAUCUACUAUUCAUUAACACAAACAUAUUUUAACGAAGAACUCAGGAGUUGAGGGCACAGCUAUGUACACGAAAACGACCUUACUUGAGCAAUCAGAUUCGAAAUCUUACUGAUGUCAAUAAAUUUUUCUUUCAUUGUCAAAUCGCAUGGAGGUGGAGGAGGAACAGAAAAAAACCGGGACACAGACAUCAUUUUCUCUCUGAAUCGUCUCCUAUUGACAGAAUUUAAAAUUUUCAAUUAAACGUCCCACCAAACACGUUUAGUUACAAUUUAUUAUGGGUGAGCUUAGUAGAAAUUACUUUUACUAUUGUCUAAGCUUUCUGUUUUCGAAAAUAUCUCGAUUGUAAAAACUUCAAAAUAUACUGUUAAUGUAAUGAUAAUUUUGUAGCUUUUAAGUUCCACAACUAAAUCUCGUGAGCAGUAAUUUCCUCAACUUCUGUGUACAGUAAAUUAAGAAAGGUCUGUUAGUGCUGGUCGUCAUUAAAACUGCGUGAAAGGUAGCCUGUUUAAGCCCUUUUGGACAUUGAAAUCUGAAAGUUAUAGUCAGUUAAAUUUGAUUUAUGGUAAUGGCAAAAACGACCGUUCCCACUUUACGUAAGCGUCAAUAAAUAUGUGUUGAUACUACUGCUAAGGAUUGUUUCUUAAAUCUUCUGGAUUUUUGAAAUUUACAAAACAAUAUCUUAAGUACUCAGAUCACACGGCCUUCAUAGUUUUUCAGAAAAGUAACAAUGUAGCUUCAGAUGCUCUUUUGCAACCGCUAUUAUGACUAACUUGUCUGCUAGAAUGAAAUUUUGUUGUUGUGUGCUACAUCCUCUUGGUUUUCCAGAGAAGUUGUGCGAUAUUUUACAGGAAAAUAUAAAUGAGAGUUAAGUGCAAAACCUAAGCACUCGGUCAAUAAUGGGAAUAAGGUUCUUUCUCAGUGUUGUGCUCUCACUUGAUUGUCUAUGUCAAUGUAAUUAUCGUGUGUCAUUUCUGUUGCAUCUACUGUUAAUGAAUAAAAAAGCAAAUAAAUUGUGUCAGCAUUGCA